UAUAGUUUUGUUUCUUAUUUUGUUUCUAUAAUUUUUCAGAGAAUAAAGAAGACAUAGAGCAGAAGUUGUCUAAAGGCAAACGACUCCAGGUAGCACCUCUUAAAAACAUGGUCAUCGCCACCACAUACUACUAGUUACUCACUAAAAGAGAGAACGGAAGCUAAGACCAAAAAUGUGUGUUGUAAAGGUUAUAUUGUGUAACGUUAUUUGUGCACGUGUGUGUAUUACAGUGUGGUGGCAAAUGUCAUUGUCCAAUAAAUAUUUUAAACAAACUUAUACAUAUAUAAUGUGUGUGUGUGUGUGUGUGUGUGUGUAUGGUCUGGACUGUACUUUACUACUCCCCUUUGUCUGUUUUGAUGGUAAGACUCACAUAUUGCUCACUUUUAAUUUGUCAGUAGAAAAUAUUGUUUUGUAAUAAAAAAUAAAUAAAUAAUUUUGUGUAUUUAUGCUCACUGUAGUGAUAUCAGUGGCAAAAAUAAUAUGACAACAAAUUUCAUAUUUGCCUUUGUAAACUGACACAUAUUUAUUCUGUAAUAUUUAUUUGAUCAGUCUACCAGGUCUACAUGUGUGCCAUGUCCUUGCUGUUCUGUUGAGAGUUUUAAUGUUGUAAACUGUAUAGAUUUUUAUUUUUGAAAGUAUUGAAAUUGCCUGAAUAUUCAUGUUUCAUCAUGUGUUAUUUAUUCUCACAGACAGUUAUACUGGAAAUCAGAGGUACAUUUUUAUUUCUACUCGUAUGACAUGGCUUGAAGCUCAGGCUUACUGUAGACAGCAUCACACAGACUUGGCCAGCUCGAGAGUUGCAACUGAAGACUCAUUUAUAAAGGGACUGACCUCUGACUGGACUUGGUUUGGUCUGUUCAGAGACUCCUGGAAGUGGACAGACCAAACUAAUUUCUCUACCAUCACCUGGAUGACUGGAAAACCUGAUAAUGCUCUGGGGAAUGAAAACUGUGGUUAUAUAAAUAACAGUCAGGCUGCAGAUGCUCGGUGCUCAGACAUAAUGCCUUUCUUCUGUUACUCAGAUGUCACAGGACAACAACAAACACUAAGAGUGAAAGUCCAAUCCAGUGAGGAUGUGAAUGAGCCAUCUUGGAGCAGAUCAAACAGAAACUGAAGGAUUUUCUGAGGACAGAAGAACAUCACAGUGAAAUGGUGUAAACAACCAGAUGGAGUUGUGUUUCACAAGCUGAAAGUCAGCUUUAGAUUCAUGCUAAUUUUGGAACAAAUGUUUACCUGUUAUAUGCAUGUUAGCAUAAUAUUUAGAAGUGGAUAUGAGAUAUAUAUUAAUAUAUCUGGUUUUAUAUUCUAUUAUAAUGAAAAAAAUUGUUAAAAAGUUCUCAUAACACAUCUGGUUUUCCCUUUUUAAAUUUCUCUUGAUAACACCAGUUGUAAUUAUUCUGUACAUUAUAAUAAGAGAUGUGAGCUUUUGGGGAUGUGGGUAAAGAAGAGAUUCAAAACUAGUUGAUAUUAAAUACUUAAAUAGCUAUGAGCAGUUCUUUUCACAUUAUACAUUAUGUUGUCAUUUUAUGCUUAGAAUAAAUAUACUGCAAUUGCACUUAUUUAUCCAUUUAUUAAUUUUGCUAUUUAGCACUAUAUUUAUUUACACAUAUAAUUUUUUUAAAUAAUUAAUUUUAUUCUACAUUUACUCCUCACUCCUUCUUGUCUGAAAAAAGUUCAGUUAUUCAUUUAGAGAACAAACAUGGCUACUGAUGGACCAAUAGUG